GGUCCGCUCGCUAUAAGGAGGAGGAAUCGGCGACUGGUGCGAGACAAGCCCGUCAUUCAAAACCCAGACCGACAGGGACCACUUUUGACGUGGGGGUGGGGGGGAAACAAAAGCGACCAGACCAGCCGGGCUCCUUCUUUUGUUUUUCUUCUUCUUGGCGUUGACUUGCACAUCCUGCUCACCUCUUCUCGCUGGGGGGGCUGUUUGCUGUCACCUCUUUAGCAUCCCGACGCUAGCUUAAAAGGAACAAACCUCUCAAGAACUUUCUAGACCAGAGGCCCCAGACCGUCCUUUUAAAAGUAGAACAACCCGAGUGCUGGCGGAUGACCCCAUCCGAAGCACCCCUAGUGAGUUAGACCUGACAGCGGAUCCUACAGCAAACCAAAGCAGGACAUUUUAAAUCGCUGAUUCCGUUUCGAUUUCCGGCGAGAACUCGUUAUUUCAAGUAAUCGGUAAAAAAUGGGUCCCGGAAUGGAAGCGCCCGACGUGGCCGUGGUGGCGCUCUACUUCCUCCUGGUGCUCGUCAUCGGGUUUUUUGCCAUGUGGAAAUCCAACCGCAGCACGGUGAGCGGCUACUUUCUGGCCGGACGCUCCAUGACGUGGAUCGUGAUCGGCGCGUCGCUCUUCGUGAGUAACAUCGGCAGCGAGCACUUCAUCGGUCUGGCCGGGUCGGGAGCGGCGAGCGGCUUUGCUGUGGGAGCUUGGGAAUUCAACGCUCUUCUGCUUCUGCAGCUGCUCGGCUGGGUGUUCAUCCCCGUUUACAUCCACUCGGGCGUGUUCACCAUGCCCGAGUACCUGUCUAAACGUUACGGUGGCAACCGGCUGAAGGUGUACUUUGCUUUCCUGUCCGUGCUCCUCUACAUUUUCACCAGGUUGUCGGUGGACUUGUACGCCGGCGCCCUCUUCAUCCAGGAGUCCCUCGGGUGGAACCUCUACCUGUCUAUCGUUCUGCUCAUUAGCAUGACCGCCUUACUGACUAUCACAGGCGGGCUGGUGGCCGUUCUGUACACGGACGCCCUCCAGGCCGUGUUGAUGAUCGGCGGAGCCUUGACUUUGACCAUCAUCAGCCUCGUUAAAGUGGGCGGCCUCGCGGGCGUCAGAGCUAAGUACAUGGAAGCCGUCCCCAAUGUCACGGCCAUCAUGGCGACGGGAAACUAUUCCUAUUCCCCCAGCUGCCCCAUCCAUCCCAAACCCAACUCCCUCCGGAUCCUCCGCGGACCCUUGGAUGAAGACAUUCCAUGGCCGGGCUUUAUUCUGGGCCAGACCACCGCCUCCAUCUGGUACUGGUGCGCUGACCAGGUCAUAGUUCAGAGAGUUCUGGCAGCAAAGAACAUCGCUCACGCUAAGUGCUCGACGCUCAUGGCGGGAAUCCUCAAGAUCCUUCCCAUGUUCGUGAUCGUCAUCCCGGGUAUGAUCUCCCGCAUCUUGUUCGCAGACGACAUCGCCUGCAUCGGGCCCGAGCACUGCAUGGCGGUGUGCGGCUCUCAGGCUGGCUGCUCCAACAUCGCGUAUCCUCGUCUGGUCAUGGCCGUGAUGCCCGUGGGACUCCGCGGUCUGAUGAUGGCGGUCAUGAUCGCCGCCCUGAUGAGCGACCUGGACUCCAUCUUCAACAGCGCCAGCACCAUCUUCACCUUGGACAUCUACCAGACGUUUCGAAAGAAGGCGACUCAGCGCGAGCUGCUUAUCGUGGGCCGACUCUUUGUGGUGCUCAUGGUGGCCGUCAGUAUCGCGUGGGUUCCCGUCAUCAUCGAGAUGCAAGGCGGACAGACGUAUCUUUACAUCCAGGAGGUGGCCGGCUACCUCACCCCGCCCAUCGCCGCCCUCUUCCUGCUCGGUGUGUUCUGGAAGCGCUGCAACGAGAGAGGGGCUUUCUGGGGAGGCAUGACCGGUUUCGUUCUGGGCGCCGUCCGGCUGGUCCUGGCUUUCAUCUACCGGCAGCCUCGCUGCGACCAGCCGGACACCCGACCCGCCAUCAUCGCCCACGUCCACUACAUGUAUGUGGCCACCGGUCUGUUCUGGAUUUCAGGCCUCGUGGCUGUGGUGGUCAGUCUCCUCACGUCUCCGCCUGACGAGGAUCAGAUCCGCACCACGACGGUGUGGGGACUGCGCCACGUGGAAAAGUUGCCCGAGAACAAAAAAGACAGAGAGCAAAUGUACAGGCUGACCGAGAAGAGCCGCUGCAACGGCGAAGCGACCCUGCACAAAGGUUUGCCCCCGGAUGUCAGGAAGGAGAUGUGUCCGGACGGCGCCGACGUUAAACUGCUGGUCCCGUCCACGGACCACGACCCGGCCACGCCCAGCGCGGAGCCGUCCCCGGCGACCACCCCGGCGGACCGAUUCGCCAAACUGGACGAGGGCGAACGCCACGAGGCCAGCCGGUGCAUUUCCGUCCUGGACUGGUUCUGCGGCUUCAAGGAGCCGUCGCAGGACGCGCAGCCGAGGGCGCCCCAGGACAACGCAAAGCUGAUCGCGGAGAUGCUGCACGAGUCCCCGCGGGUCAAACUGCUCCUCAACCUCGGCCUGCUUUUCGUCUGCUCCGUGGGCAUCUUCAUGUUUGUCAUUUUCUCGCUGUAGUCAACCCGCGCAAUCAACUAACUGGUACUGAACUGGUCCGGGGGGGGCGGUCGGGCGGGUUUCACCGAGGUCGGACGUCGACGUCGCGGGCGGCCUGUUACAAACAGAUGAAUUUAUGAAGCUUUGAGGAGCUCCGUCUGUAAUAUUUACAGUUAUCUUUUGUAGCUCUCUUAACCGGGAUCCGAGCUUCUUCUAAUCAUUUUUUUGGAAUGAUUGAAGCUUCCCCACCCACAAAAAAAAAAAAAAUGUUCUCCUUUUUAAGACUCCGUGAAGCUCGUCCAGCACUUGGCCUAUUUUGUACAGCGCUUGUUGUUUAUUCCUGCACUUCUACUUGGAUUUCGAGGAUCGUUUCACUCCGAGUAAAUGUUAAUACUGGCCUUAUUUGACAUAUGCACUAAUCUUUUUUUUUUUUGUGCGUGUUGUAACAAAUAAUUUCUGUGAUUAUUAUUUUUUUUUUUUUCUUUCUCGUUGACGGUGACUGUAAGUUUAGUUGCUACUGUAGCAUUCGCGUGUUUUGUGGGUAAGAGUUUAUUUAUGAUCGUAGACCAUGAAAGUUUUCUUCUCAAGCUAAAGCUGCUUAGAUUCCAAAUGUGUAAAAAAAAAAAAAAAUGUAUGUCCCAUUUAUCUUUUUUUUUUUUGCCUUACCAUUACAUUUCACGUAUUUCAUCAGAUAAAUCCUAAUCAAGCAUCUCUUCUAUAUGGGGGACUAUUAUGACAUUUAUUAUCUGAUAUUAUAAAGCUUUUGCCUCUCUGCUGGUGUAAUAUUCUGCUGAUUAUUAAACACUUUCGGUGACAUAAAUGGAAAGAAGCACAAAUUUGAGAGCCUGUUCAGUGCGGUACGUGGCCGUUCUAUGUUGUUCAAAUUUCUGUUUUUUGGGUUUUUUUUAAGUUACA